AUGGGGUUUCAGUCUUACUUCAGCGAGGCCGAGAGAAAUGGAGAUGAUCUCGGUGCACCACGAGGACGUUCAGCGACCAUCAGCACCAGCAGCCAAAGCGUCCUCUUCCACAACAGCGACAGCGGCAGGCGAAAUCUGAUCCGUGCAACUCCGGGGGCUCCGAUGUCUCCAGACCGGGGCAGGUCGGUUGACCAAACCGCCGGGACUUUCUAUCGCGAAGGGACGCCUCCGCCGCCUCCGACGACCAGAGAUACGAAUGUCGAUGUGUCGAGCACCACCAACAUUCUCCAUAAAGCGGGUGAAUUCUACGAUUACCAGUAUGACCAUGUUGCUCCGCCAGCCCCGAUACCAGCCAAAGCCACCAUCUGCGGAGUGUCUUCCCGGCUGUUUUGGCUGAUAAUGGCGGCUAUUGGGUUACUUGUAGCGAUCGGAGUCGGCGUUGGAGUUGGAGUUGGGCUUGGUGCGAGGCACAAGGCAGUUGUUCAACCAAGUCUCCAUUGA